AAGGACACCGUCAACGAAGAGUGUCAACGUCCUAUGAAAAAAAAUCCCCGCUUUAUUCCUAAUCUCCUGCCAAAGACACCCCCAUAUAAACCUCGAGUGUUACCCACCACCACAAUCAUGCAGCUAUGUAUAUCAGGCAGCCUAGGGACACAUGCUUUCCCUAUCCGUCUCCUCUGACGAAGAGGAGAAAGCACGUUCUCAACGUGCGAAGAAACCCCGUACGAGGAAACCUUCGUGGUCGUUAAUCGCGUCCUCAGAUGUGCAUACACGACGGACCCUGCCAGUUUUGGCAUCGACGCAAAUUACUACUACAUCGCCUGUGCACAAGGAUCUGACUAGGAAACGCGAGUCGGGCAGGGCGCUUUUUCACUGCCCAAGGUUUCCUCUAGCUUGUCGGAUAAUGAUAAUGAAUUUUCGAUGGCGAAACCCAAGGCAAAGAAGAAGGAUCCAGGAACCGAAGACGAAGCCAAGGCUCAUCCACCGCAACCUCGUGCGAAACCCCUCGAGGUUCGGUCCUGAACUCCGGUGUCCAGUCUCUCAUUCUCACUUGUGUCACGAAACGCGCAGUUCACACCCUAUUUUCCGGUUUCUUUAUCUCAUCAAUAUCGGUCUCUGUAUCUCCCUGGGACGCGGUUUUUUCAUGGAUGGAGGAAAUUCACUUUUCAACGAACGGGAGAUUUCCCUAAUUCUCCCUCUUCCAACCGGUUAUUUGCUCCUCGAGCUCGAGCUCGACCUUGAUCUGUCUAUUCGCCAGUGCAUCCAUUGCUUAUGAACCACCAAACUGGAGUCAUCACAUAUUUAUUAACUUCGCAUUCAAGCAUGUAUCAUCACUGCCCAUUCGUCAUCGCUUUCAUUCCUAUUACCUCCGUUCCUGUCCACAUCACUUGAUCUUUCUUUCUUUGCACAACAACCCUUUCCUCUUUUGUACAACCGCGCCUUUUCCCCCUUCUCUGUACAACCUCCUACUGUCUUUGCACGACUUCCCUCGUCGCUACAUGUCG